ACCACGUGAUACUUAAGUUGAUUGUGUUACAAGAAUUUGAUUUGCAAGCCAUCCAUCCAUUUCAUUGUCUAGUCUAAUUCUAUCGCUGCUGCUGUCUCUCAUUAUGUCUGAGGAAGAACAAACCAAUGUCCCCGAAGGAACUACUGAAGAUGCUACAGAAGAACCUGUAGUUGAGAAACCCACCGAAGACGAGAAACCAACUUCCGAGGAACCUCCAAAAGAGGAAGAGGAACCUCCGAAAGAAGAGGAACCUCCGAAAGAUGAGGAACCUCCGAAAGAUGAGGAACCUCCAGCUCCAGAACCACCACAAGAGACCACUACUGAGGAGGAACAACCCAAGGAAGAACAGGUGGUGCCUAAGGAAGAAGAACAGCCAAAAGAAGAAGAACAGCCAAAAGAAGAAGAGCAACCCAAAGAGGAUGAACAACCUCAGGAAGCAGAAGAGACUCGUCCAGAGGAACCGAAAGAGCCUGAGCGUCCUCCACGUACCAAGUACUACUCCCUCGAGCCUGAUGAUCCUGUUGAGCUCCUCAUUGGGAAGAGUGGGGUAGCAGCUGUUGAGCCAACUACAAUUGGAGCCUUUUUCAAAGACUCUGUCAAGAGGUUUCCUAACAACCAUGCCCUUGCUUAUAAAGCAGCCGAUGGUGAAUGGAACGGCAUCUCUUACACUCAGUAUUAUGAUCUUUGUGUGAGGGCUGCUAAAAGCUUUUUGAAGCUGGAGCUGGAGCCAUUCCAUUCUGUUGCCAUCCUUGGCUUCAAUUCAACUGAGUGGUUUGUAUCAGGACUAGGAGCAAUACUGGCUGGAGGUGUCAAUGUUGGAAUCUACACGACCAACAAGCCCGACGUGUGCCGGUACAUUAUUGAGGACAGUCGGGCGGACAUUGUUGUCGUUGAGGACGAUAAGCAGCUGCAAAAGAUCCUAUCAGUGAGAGAGCAGCUUCCUAAUGUGAAAGCCAUUAUACAGUACAGGGGAACUCUCACUGGAGAUUAUCCAAAUGUCUAUGAGUGGGAUAAGUUCAUUGAGAUGGGCUCCUCCAUUGACAAUCAAGUCAUUGAAGACAAGAUAGUUCAACUUAAUCCUGGACACUGUGCCUCCAUCAUAUACACAUCUGGUACUACUGGCUAUCCUAAGGGAGUUAUGCUGUCUCACGAUUCUCUAACUUGGAUGUGCAAGACGCUAUUCAGCAGAUAUGGUUUCAUGAAGCCAGGAAUGGAGCGUGUGGUAUCUUAUCUACCAUUGAGUCACAUUGCUGCUCAGUUUCUGGAUAUCUACAUGAUGAUGUACAUUGGUGGUACCACUUACUUUGCCCAGCCUGAUGCACUGAAAGGAAGUCUUCGUGCGACACUGAUUGAAACUAAACCAACUAUAUUUGUUGGAGUGCCAAGAGUAUGGGAGAAGUUCAUGGAGGCCAUUAAGAACGUGUCUCCUCCUUCUGGGAGCCUUAAGAGCAAGAUAUCCAACUGGGCCAAGGGGAUUGGACUGGAAGGGAACACCAACAUACAAAACAAUGGCUCUGUACCAUGGGGCUGGACUGUGGCUGGAAUGCUUGUCUUUAAGAAAGUGAAAGAGGCGCUAGGUUUAUCAGAGACUAAAAUGUUUGUAACAACAGCUGCUCCAAUCCGCCGGGAGGUACUUGAUUUUUUCAUGAGUCUCAACAUGCCUCUCCUUGAAAUAUACGGUAUGAGUGAAGGUUGUGGUGCAGUCACAGCUAACGUCAUUGAGCAUAACAGCUGGAAAUCAGGUACUUCUGGCAAGCCGUUGGAAGGGAUUGAAGUAAUGCUUCAUGAACCAAAUGACAAAGGAGAAGGAGAGCUUUGUUAUCGUGGCCGGAAUGUGAUGAUGGGGUAUUAUAAGAAUGAAGAGAAGACGAAAGAGACUCUUGAUCCUGAUGGGUGGCUGCACUCUGGAGACCUGGCCGUUAAGGACAAGGAUGGUUUUAUUGUGAUCACAGGCAGAAAAAAAGAGCUAAUCAUUACUAGUGGUGGAGAAAAUGUUGCCCCAGUACCUGUUGAGGACGCUAUUAAGAGUGAGCUCCCAUUCAUUAGCAAUGCUAUGCUUAUCGGAGACCAGAGGAACUUCCUCACAUGUCUGCUAACGCUCAAGGUUGACAUUGACCCAGAAACAGCUGAGCCAACUGACAACCUCACAGCUGAUGCUGCUCGGCUUAUUGCUGCCAAAGGCUCUACUGCUACUAAAGUCUCACAGAUCAUAGAUAAUCAAGACACUGCUGUGUUCACUGCCAUACAAGAGGGCAUUGAUAGAGCUAAUGCUAAAGCUGUCUCUAAUGCUGCCACUGUUAAGAAGUGGACCUUGCUUGCUUCUGAUUUCUCUGAGAGUGGCGGAGAACUUGGGCCGACCCAAAAGGUUAGACGAUUUCACAUUGUCAAGAAAUACGCCGAAACCAUUGAAGGACUCUACGCUCCUCAGUAACAGUGCGUCUCUAAACACAACGCUAAUUUGAUAUAAAAUUAUUUUGGUGCUUUUUGUUGUUAAAUUGACUUUAUUAUGGUGAUACACAGACAGAAUUGUGCUAUUUUUCCUAAACUUUUUUGAUAAAAUAUUCUAUAUUUUGCUCAAGUCC